UGCACGGAGGCGCGCGCGGCCGCGGACGUCCCCUCCCCCACCGCGCACCGCGCACGCGGGAAACCCGCUACCGCCGCCGCUGUUUGGGUCGUCGCGGUGGGUCGUCGUCAUGGCCUCUGCGUGGGACGAACUGACUCUUGCCUUCUCCCGCACGUCCAUGUUUCCCUUUUUUGACGUCGCCCACUAUCUGGUGUCCCUGAUGGCGAUGAGGCAUCAGCCGGGAGCAGAGGCAGUGGCAUUGAAGAAUCCUCUUUCAAGCUGGUUUACUGCUAUGCUCCACUGUUUUGGUGGAGGAAUUUUAUCCUGUAUACUGCUUGCAGAGCCUCCUUUGAGAUUUCUUGCAGACUACACUAAUGUAUUACUGGCAACUUCAAUCUGGUAUGUUGUAUUUUUUUGCCCAUGUGACCUAGUUUUCCAGGGCUAUUCUUUCCUACCUGUUCAACUCUUGGCUGCAGGAAUGAAGGAAGUGACCAGAACUUGGAAAAUAGUAGGUGGAGUCACUGAUGCUAAUAGCUAUUACAAAAAUGGCUGGAUAGUCAUGAUAGCUGUUGGAUGGGCCCGAGGUGCAGGUGGUAGCAUUGUCACGAAUUUUGAACAGUUGGUAAAAGGAAGUUGGAAACCGGAAACUGAAGAAUGGCUGAAAUUGUCCUACCCUGCCAAGGUGACCCUGCUGGGGUCAGCUGUCUUCACAUUACAGCACACCAAGUAUCUGUCAAUAUCAAAGCAUAAUCUUAUGUUCUUUUAUACCAUCUUUCUUGUGUCCACAAAGAUAGCCAUGAUGCUUACAAAGACUUCUGUUUCGCCUUUUGCUUGUUUUGAGGAUACAUUGGGUCGGAUAUUCUUUGGCAGGCAGCAACAGUUGUCACCAUGUGGGAAGAAAAGUGAAGUUAAAUCAUCCUUUAAUGGCACUGGUUCAUCUACCUCAAAGCCUACAGUUGAUGCUUCAGAUAAAGUUAAAAAGAAACACACUAAGAAGACUGAGUAAAUUUACUUGGUAAGCUCCAGAAGGAAAAAAAAAUUUCUCAUCUACCUGUCAGAUUGUGAUAAAUAUUUCUAUGUAAAUGAUGUGAAAUAAAGAUUAUAUGUAAGAAAUGGAGGUGACAAAAAGGAAGAAAGAACUUUCUGUUUCAAGGAGACUUCCUCUUUCUGAAUUGUAAUUCUUGAAUGUUGUGAGUGUAUCAUGUGAAAUUGUUUUUCUAAGUUAACUAUAAAAGAUUCUAUUGUGAUUAUUUUAAUAGUUUAUAUUGGUAAAAUAAGGCUAGAUUUUUUUGAAAUGUUAGUAAAAAUAAACCUGACGUCAUUGCAAAAUAACAAAAAUUAAAACUUUUUGGGUUUUUUUUUAAGGUAUUUUCAUAUGUGUUUCUAUUUGAAUUUAUUUGAGCUUUAGUCAGCAAAAUUAAACAUAUAUACUUUACCAUUGUGAUUCGUAGGUAUGGAAAACAAUUCCUUUUUAAUUUUGAGCACUGAAAAGAAUAAACUUUUCCUAUAUAUUUUGUAUUGUGAAUGAAAAUCAAUUACUAGUUUAUAUUUCCCCCGACAUAAACAUUGUAUUUUUGCCCACAAUAAAUGGAAAAUAUAUGACAUUUUAUUCAGUUUUAUUUCUAGUGGUAUUGUUUUUCAUUAAGAACAGAUUUUAAUAUGUGUCUUGAUAUAAAGUCUAUUUUAUGCCCUUGUUUAAAAGACUGCUGUUUUUUUUCCUCAAAAGAAAAUCAGGGUGUAAAGUUUAAUAAAUUAUUAAUUCCAUGUUUUGUUUAGUUUUUUGUUUUUUUCAUUUUAGGAGCUUAUUUUUUCCUCUCUCAUUUCACAUAUUGUUAAAUUUUCUUUGAACUUAGUUGCUCUGAAUACAGUGAUGGUAGUUAUCUUAAUGAUUCAAUGAAAAGUAUCUCAAUUAAAAAUUUCCCCCAUAUCUCCUUUGUAGUGGGUACUUUUUCAUUUUCUAGUUGAAUGUCUCUCAUUAGUUUGCAUGUGGUUAUAUUUAAUCCACAUGUACAUAUAUUAAUUUUACUUUACAUUAAAAGUAAUUAUCUUUAUGUAUAAAUGUUAGGCUCUAAUGAGAAAUGUCUUUGAACAGUCGGUAGUAACCAGCUAACCAGGAAGAAACUGAGAAAUCAAAGCCUCAGAUAGUAGUCCAUUUGAACGAAAAUGAUGACACUAAAUUUGGUUCCUUUUUGGCAAAACAAAACCAAAACAAACAAGAAAGAGUACAAAGUAAUGUUAGAUUUUCUUUCUUUUGUUGUUUAAAAGUGCAGUUAUAACUUUAAAACUCUUGGAUAUGAUUUCUUCUUCAAGACCGUGAACCUACUACCUGGAAAGAGUUAGUAAGUACCAGCCAUUUCUGGAUAGCUUAGAAGUAUUCCAAUCACAUUCAAAUUAGGAGUUGUUGUUUUUUAAAAUUUAUUUUAUUAAAAAAAAUUUAACAGCUAUAAUGACCAGCAGGUACUAUACUUUUUCUUGUUAAAAAAUAAAAAAGAUUUUUUUGAGCCGCCUUUGGUGGCCUUAGAAUGCUAAGAAGUUUAAUUUAAAUAUGGUCCCAGAAAGCACUGAAUAUUUAAGAGUUCUGUAUUAUAUUUGAUACUCUUAUGGUUAAAAAAUAACUUUUCAAAAUUAACAUAUUACUAAGUAUUGACUUAUUUUUAAAAUUUGAGUUUAACUGUUGAAAUGCAUGUAUUAAUGACAAACUUAUUAAAAUAAGUUAUUUAGCAUUAAUGGAGUGUCACAUUAUUUUAUGUUUUUUUCUUUUAUAUUUUUCUUGCAUUAGGAGUUUAGAACUCCUUUGGUGUUUUUACUGAUACAAUAUUCAAUGAUUACUCUCCAAAUGGGACAUGAGUACAAAUUUUAUUAAUCUAUGCAAGCAUACUGUAGCCCUCAAUUUGAGGUUCUUAGGUAAAGCUGGACUCAAGAACAUGGUUUAGGCCUGAAACCUUCCACCCUGUAUCUACUCAGGCUUGCUUGCAGAGACUUGACUGGAUUUGCAAUACAGGUAGACUCUUUACUGAACCUGAAGCAUGGAUGGGCAGGUAGGCCUGCCUCACAUGCCAGUCAUAGGAGGCACUGAGAAAGUCAAGACCUACUGGGUCUCUUUAACAAAGGAGGCAAGAAGCUGGCAAGAAUAUAGGCCAUGUUAACUCAGUGAUCUCACCAUCUAGUAAAUGUGACCCCAAAGAAUAUCAAACUGAUUUAUCAGAUUAUUCACUCGUCUUCCCCAGGGAGAAUUGUGUAAGAGUUGGAGAGAGACCAGAUGUUCAGUAAAGAUGAAUUUCAGUGGAAAUUUUAGCCUCUCUGUUGGCGGAGAUCAGGAAAUGGAGAGAUGAAAGGAGGGAAACAAUACCUUACCAUUAAAAUCUACCUCAAAUUAAGUUGAUAGCAAUUGAGUUACAGUAUGUGGGAAAGGAAGGAAUGUGUUCAAAGAACGCUCCCCCAAAGGCCUUUAUAGUGUUUGCCUCAGGUAUAAUUUACCUCCUUGGUGGGGCUCAUUCAUUUGUUUUCUCAAAUAUUGAGUGCCAGCUAUCUGAAGAUAAUAGACUUGGAAGAUACAGUAAACAAAACAAAAGGCUUUCUCUCUUGGUAGUUUACAUUCUAGUGAUAGGGAGAUGAGCAAUAAACAAAUAAAUGAGCUCUUGUUGAUAAUGAAGGCUAUGAAUAAAUGUUAAGCAGGACACUAGGAUAAAAAGUUGGGGUGUUGAAGAUGAUUGACAAAAUAGUAUUGCUAGAAAAGGCUUUUCUAUUAAAAUUACAGAGGGCCGCUCCCUACCCAUCAGGUCUCUGCUAAAAUGUAUUCAUUUUUAUAAUGAUAUAUUUUAAUAAGCAGAAGUUUUUAAUUUUGGACAAGUCUCAUUUCCGACUUUCUGCAUCUUAACUGCUUUCUGCAUCUUAAGAAACUUUGCCUACCCCAGGUCAUGAAGAUAUUUGCCAGAACUGAGGAACCCCAAAUAAAGGAGUGCCUAGCUUUUUCCUCAGAAACAUUUAAAAGAGAAACGCUUUAUGCUAUUAUGUGAAGCAAUAAUUCUGUUACUGAGCAAGUCACAUAUGCCUCAUUUUUGGUUUUUCUUCCUGAAAUUCUUUGUAUACCUUGCAUAUGUGGUCUUUUUUCUGCACUUGUGCUGCAGGUUAUGCAUUGUAGUAAUUUGUAACUUUCUCCUAUAUGUCUGGUUAGGCUUUCUGUGGGCCUCUUCGGCUUUGGUUUAUUGCAACUCUCAUAUUUAGAAGAGAUAGUGAGUAAAAAUGUGCUAAUAGCAAAUCUUUUAAAAAUGAAAUAAAAAAUCCCCUAAUCUCAUUGUAGGUAUAGGGUUAAAAUAAAGUUGGUUGGGAAGGUAUUGGUCCAUAAUGAAAUAUAUAACCUAACUGCAUAUUUUGUAAGGUAUUUUGGCAUGAAAGAUGGGCAGCAGAGUCAAAUAGCAGGCAACAACAGAUGUUUUAUUGAGAGAAGCUGCAGGGCUUCCCCAGCUGGCAGAAAGAGACUACUUGGAGGGGAAAGCCACACAGUUGGGUGGCGGGAUUUCUUUCUUUAUAGGGCUUUCUGCCAAUCAGGAGGUAACACAGUGUCUUGGAGAUUUAAGGUAUGUGAGCUCUGGGCAAUAGGGGAUUACACAUAGUUUAUCUCAUAACUUGGCAAUGGCCUGGUUUGUAGAUUCAAACAGGAGAAGUGGGGGAGGGAGGGAACAGUGAUGUGACACAUAGUCUGUUAAAUAACAUGGCUUUACAAAAGAGGGAGCUAAGGGAGGAGCCCAGGGCCCAGUCCUAACAAUUUGUUGUGACAAAAUGUGGAACAAUGGUCUGAUAUGUGAAUCAGUAGUCCCUGGGUUAAUUUACAUGGCAGAUUGUCAGAUGAUCUAUGGCAAUAGAAAGUUACAUGACACACAUAACUGAAGAUAGGAACUACUUCCUUCUGUAUUUAAUAAUGAGAAUUGAGACUUAAUUAGUAUGAAAGAAAUUAAGCAAUUCAUAUGAAUUACUGUCAGGAAACAAGGAAUGGGUGGGGUGGUUGGUGAGGGACUCUUGCCAGACCAAUUUAGUAACUUCAGGUGUUCUGUUUUUGUUUUAUUUUUGUGUUUUUCUUUUCCCCCUGUAGAAUUGCUGUGUUGGUGAAGAGAAUGAAGUUGAUAAUGGAUAUUUGGACCUUUUGUUUUAUUAUGCAAAGUUUGACUUAAAAAUUUAUGUUCAUCUCAAUAAAAAUAGUAGACUGAAACUAUACUUGAAGGCAAUAUGAAAUGGAAGAAAUCUGUAGUGGCUGAUAAAGAACCUUGUUAUGUUUGACAUCUUAAUGUGCUGUGAGAGGAGGUAUAAAGCAUCCUAAUGAAAUUUGCAGAGGACAUUAGUUGUUAUGAAAGCGUUUGAAGACAGGAAAACUUCAAAAGACUAAUAGUAUGCUUGGAAAACCACCUGGUUUAAAAAUACAUACAGCUGCAAAGAAAUUAUAUAAGGCCCAAACAUAAGGAAAUAUGCGUGCAUUUUGUAAUAAACUUUGACAAAAAUGAA